AUGGCCACCAUCCACUCUAGCAAGCCCCGCCACCGCUCCGAUGCAUCCGCCCCCGCCACCUCCGUGGCCGUCGCCGCGGCGAGGGCGCAGGACGCGCCCAAGCCCCCGCUCAGGCGGUCCGCGGCCUUCCAGCCGCGCCGCUCGCACAGCCACCCGCAGCCGCAUGCGCACGGCCACCAGCGCUGCGACAGCGAGGCGAUCAGCCGCAGCGGCAGGCAGCCCCGCUGCGGCGAGGUGGCCGGCGGCACGGCGGCCGGGUGCGCCGCCGUGUGCUGCUGCUUUCCCUGCGUCAUGGUGGAGGUCGUCGUGCUCGCCACGGUCCGCGCGCCGGCCGCGCUCUGCCGGCGCGCGGUCCGGGCGCGCCGGCGCCGCCGCUCGGCCUCGGCGGGGCAGACCGUGGACAUGUACGAGCUGCUCGCCGACGACGGCACCGUGGCCGGGCCCGGCGACGCGGCGGUGGUCUGGCCCGCGGGUCAGCCGGCGGAGGAGUCGUCGGGGGAAAUGGAGAAGGAGGUGUGGUCGAGUUUCUACGGCGCCGGCUUCUGGAGGAGCCCCUCGUCGCUCGGCGACGAGAACAGAUGAUCGGGACAGGCCGGCGGCUCCUGCAUGCAUGCGACGCCCUGGCUUCUUCUACGGCUUUCUUGAUUCUUGCUCGGGUACGUAGGCUUCCUUCGUUUUCCUCGGGGGGAAACCGAUGUAGAGGAGGAAAUGGGAAGCUUGUGUGUCGUGUUUGAUCCACACCGCAUUCUUGUUCCACCUUAUAUCCACUCUUUUUUCUUCUUCCCUUUCUUGUUGGUGUACGUCCUCUAGAAGGGAAAUGAACAGUUCCCUUCUUUGUUACCAUUGUAUGCAACUAAAUGUAUA